CUCUCGCAUGCUUCUCCCCUGCACCACGGAUCGCCUCUCGGAUGCCGCGCGCCUGGAAGCUGCGUUAGGAGCGAGCGGCGGCGGCGACUGCUAUGACCGGCAAACUCGCCGAGAAGCUGCCGGUGACCAUGAGCAGUUUGCUAAACCAGCUGCCUGACAAUCUGUACCCCGAGGAGAUCCCCAGCGCGCUCAACCUCUUCCCCGGCGGCGGCGACGCGGUGGCCCACUACACCCAGAUGGCUACAGAGAAUGUGAUGGACAUCGGGCUGACCAACGAGAAGCCCAACCCGGAGCUCUCUUACUCGGGCUCCUUCCAGCCGGCCCCGGGCAAUAAGACCGUGACCUACUUGGGAAAGUUCGCCUUCGACUCCCCUUCCAACUGGUGCCAGGACAACAUUAUUAGCCUCAUGAGCGCCGGCAUCUUGGGGGCCCCGGCCUCAGGGGCGCUCAGCACGCAGACCUCCACGGCCAGCAUGGUGCAGCCGCCGCAGGGCGAUGUGGAGGCCAUGUAUCCGGCGCUGCCCCCCUAUUCUAACUGCAGUGAUCUCUACUCGGAGCCUGUGUCUUUCCACGACCCCCAGGGCAACCCGGGGCUCGCCUAUUCCCCCCAGGAUUACCAAUCGGCCAAGCCGGCCUUGGACAGCAAUCUUUUCCCCAUGAUUCCUGACUACAACCUGUACCACCACCCCAACGACAUGGGCUCCAUUCCCGAGCACAAGCCCUUCCAGGGCAUGGACCCCAUCCGGGUCAACCCGCCCCCCAUCACUCCCCUGGAGACCAUCAAGGCUUUCAAAGACAAGCAGAUCCACCCGGGCUUCGGCAGCCUGCCCCAGCCGCCGCUCACGCUCAAGCCCAUCCGGCCCCGCAAGUACCCCAACCGGCCCAGCAAGACCCCGCUCCACGAGCGGCCCCACGCCUGCCCCGCGGAGGGCUGUGACCGCCGUUUCAGCCGCUCGGACGAGCUGACCCGGCACCUGCGCAUCCACACGGGCCACAAGCCCUUCCAAUGCCGGAUCUGCAUGCGGAGCUUCAGCCGCAGCGACCACCUCACCACUCACAUCCGCACGCACACGGGCGAAAAGCCCUUUGCCUGCGAGUUCUGCGGGCGCAAGUUUGCGCGAAGCGACGAGCGCAAGCGCCACGCCAAGAUCCACCUCAAGCAAAAGGAAAAGAAGGCGGAGAAAGGGGGUGCGCCCUCUGCGUCCUCGGCGCCCCCGGUGUCCCUGGCCCCUGUGGUCACCACCUGCGCCUGA